AUGAACAAAAAUUCGGAGAUAAGUUAUGACCCAAGUUUAGAAGAAGAACACUCAUUAAGUAGUGAUCAAAGCAAAAUUAAAAAUUACUAUGAUGAUGAAAACAAAGGAAUAGAAUAUAUAAGCAAUACAAACAAAAGCAAUUACAUGAAUGAGCAAAACACUGAUUUGAAUGAUACAUAUAACUACAUGAAUGAUCAAAAUAAUUAUAGAAUGGAAAAUGAAUAUAAUGACGAACCAAUGAAUACUCAAUAUAUUCCUUCGUUGUAUGGAUUAGGUAGGGAAAGACAAGCAUUGCCAUUCCAAGCACAAGACCAUAAAAUUCCAGGACAAGUGUCACCAUAUCAUGCUCCUCGAGAUACAAAUAUUUCAGAAACUGAAACUUUAUAUGAUGAUCAAAAUUGUCCUAUUCCAACUGAUUCAAAUGGUGACCCCAAAAAAUUAUGGUCUUGGACUAAUGAUGGGAAAUUAAAACUACAAUGUUCACAGCCAAUAAUACCAGUAUCAGUAGUUCAAGGUAUACUAAGAAGAGAUAAAAUUAUUUUAGUACCACAAGUUGAAGUAACAGAUUUUGUUGUUCCAAAAGUGUAUAAUCAGAAUAUUAAACAUGAUAUACCCAAAUUGGAUAUAAAACUACAAUGUUCUAAUGUAGAAAUUCCAAAUGUCAAAUAUGUAGAUAAAGAAAUUAUAAUACCUAUUAUUACAGGAUAUACACAUAAAUUUGUUCCCAAAUGGGAAAUACAUGAAGUUCCUAGACCUAUAGUUAAAUAUAUUGGUGAGCAAAAAAUAGUUGAAGUAGAAGUCCCUGAAAUAAAAUAUGUAGAUAAAAUAGUGGAAAGAGAGGUUGUUGUUGAUACAGUUGAAAAAAGAGUUCCAAAAAUUAUAGAAAUACCAAAAUAUGUAGAUGAAGUACAAUAUGUAUGGAAGCCAAUUGAAAAAAUUAUAUAUGUACAAAAGUUUGUGCCUAAAUUUGAUGUAAAUUUAGAAUGCCCACCACCAUUAAUUGUCCCAUACCCAGUACAAACCAUCAAACAUAUACCUCCUGUAAUGGUAAAAAAAAAUCCCAAAAUACCUGAUUAUACACAUAAUGAUUUACAAUCACCUCAAGGAUAUUUACCUGUUGGAGAUGAAUAUGUAGAUCAAUAUACUCCCAAAAAUAACACUAACAUAAAAGGAAUAUUCUCAGCAUGUUGUGAAGUUAAUUGUCAAGGAAAAGAAGCAGAAGAUGAAUAUCGUGAUGUUAGUCCAAAUACAAAUAAUAGCAUAUCACAACAAGCACCUUUAGAAAAUGAAAUAAAUCCUCGUUUCAAUUCAAAUCCCUUUAUAAGUGCCAAUCCAAGCUCUUAUUUAAGCAAAUCCGAUCAAAUGCUCAUUGGUGUAAAUUCUUAG